GUUCACAUCGUAUAGACUAGAUAUAACUAUAUACUUGAGCCUAAAACUCCAAGGUUUUCGCUUUUCACCAUCUUGACGUUGUUCUUUCUUCUUCUCCUAUGGAUUUCGAAUCGAAAUACGAGGUUUCGCGCGUUGCCACCUUCAUUCGCAGCAAUAAGUUCAAAAGGGUAGCUUUACAGUUCCCCGAUGAACUGCUAAAGGACUCCACUCGAGUUGUGGGCGCUCUACGUAAUGCGCUUUUUGGGUUAUGUUGCAAAGGAGACGAUAAUGAAGUGAAGGAUAUUGGGUUGUAUGUAAUGGCUGAUACUACUUAUGGUAGCUGCUGUGUUGAUGAGGUUGGUGCAUCUCACAUUAAUGCCGACUGUGUCAUUCAUUAUGGACAUACCUGUCUAAGCCCGACAACUAAACUUCCGGCAUUCUUCGUUUUCGGGAAAGCUCCAAUAAAUGCAUCAAACUGUGCUAAACAUCUGUGCGGUUAUGCAUUGUCUACUACGAAGCCUGUAAUGGUCCUUUUUGGAUUGGAAUAUGAGCAUGCAUUAAAAGAUAUCAUAAUAGAAGCAUCAGCAUCAGCAAGAUGUAAACUGCAUUUUGCGGAUGUUAUGAGUCAAGCUAUGAUUCCAAGUCCAAGUCCAACAAAAGGUUCUGAAAUGAAUGGAGACGCAGCAACAACAACUUAUAGGAUCGGGGGAUUGUUUUGGAGUUUAAAUGAGGGUCACACUAUGGAUGACUACUCAUUGUGUUUUAUCGGGCCUGAUAAUUCAGCUUUUGCGAAUCUUGUACUUACCUUCAACGCUUGUGAAAUAGUUAGAUACGAUGCAACAGAAAAUGAAAUGUUAACAGAUACGUCUCAACAACGAAGAAUUCUCAAGCGUAGAUAUUACCUGGUUGAGAAAGCAAAAGAUGCUGAAAUUGUAGGAAUAUUGGUGGGAACACUUGGUGUUGCUGGAUAUCUAAGUAUGAUCCAUCAAAUAAAAGAGAUGAUUACAAGAGCUGGGAAGAAGGCCUACACGCUUGUCAUGGGAAGACCAAAUCCUUCAAAACUUGCCAACUUUCCAGAGUGUAAUGUCUUCAUCUAUAUCUCUUGUGCACAAACUGCUCUUUUGGAUAGUAAAGAUUUCUUGGCUCCUGUUAUUACUCCUUUUGAAGCUAUUCUCGCUUUCAACAGGGGAAGUGAGUGGACUGGAAAAUACAUAAUGGAAUUUCAGGAGUUGGCUGUGGUCGGUAUGGACAUGAUGCCCAUGCCAAGAAAAGAAGCACGCUUUUCGUUCCUUAAAGGUGCUUACAUAGAAGAUCCUGAUUUCCAACAAGCAGAUAUGAAUGGUGGAGAUGAAGAUGGAGUUGUUUCUUUAGUGAAUUCAGAAAGUGCACUGCAGGAGCAUGGUAAGGAUGAUAAGAUGAUGGUUAAGGGAAGUGCAAGAUCAGGGUUAGAGUUUUUUGCUUCUCGGUCUUUUCAAGGUCUUGACAUGAAUAGUAAUAGUAAUGGGCCAGAGCCAUUCAUAAUUGGAAGAACAGGUAAGGCGUCAGGCUAUGACAAUGAAACAAGCAAAAGCACCACCUAGAUCCAAAUCGCCUUUAUGUUGUAAACUUGUAAUUCUGUUUCUUAUAAAGGAAAUUGGAUAUUCAUUCA